AUGUCAAGUGUAGUUGCACGUCACGAAAUCGAAUCCAUCUCUUCAUCAGCUAUCCAUCACCAUUCGUCGUCCCAAGUGUUGCUAGAUCUUGGCAUCUUUUGCACCAGUGCAGGAGUGACGGUGAAGCUGAAUAACAUCUUUCAUGUGAUGGUCGGCGGCGCUGUUUGGCUCACUACGUCAGAGCCACCCACGUCCACCAACCGUACUAUCUCCAACUUCCCAAAGCUGCCAAUACACACCAUCCCACAUCGCAAUUUCUUCGCCAUGUCUAGUCAACGUGGCUGCAUGGUUUACACGACCGAGUACCAGCUUGCGGAAUACGAGAUCAUGUCGGCUAUACACAACAUGAGCAAGCACAAGUACGAAGAGGACCUCAAGGCCGUCAAUCAAGAGCUCUAUGAGCUCAAACAGGAGACGAGGCGUAUCUUCGAUAUCGGUAAGGAGAACAAGAAAAUCAUCUGCACGAACAAGAUCAACGAUCUUACCGCUGAAAGCGCUCAGCUGGAUGACAAACUGUCGUGGCUUGACGAGCAGAUUCAGCGCCUCAAAGAAGAACUUAAACCUCCUCCUCCGCUGUCGCAGAGCGAGCUUGCGGAAAGGAAGGCACGACAUGAAGCGCAUAUGCGCGCUAAGUUGGCGAGGACCCACGGAUAG